UCUACGUGGUGAGGAGUGGGACCUUUGUCGUGCACGAACACCACGAUGGAUGACUAUCCGAUGUAUGGGCUACUUGUUGGGUUCUCCCUCUGGGGGACCCUUUGGCGUCUCCUCUUUCCUCUGGGCUUUUGGCCCACUUUCACGUGUAGAGUAGGGCCCACUCGUGGUGGGACUUCCACCAACCCCUACACGAAGGAGGAGGAGGAGAAGAUGGCCGCCAUUCUGCAGGAGAAGAAGGAGAGGAUACAGAAAGAAGAAGAAGAGAAGUUGAAAGAGGUGGAAGAGGAGGAAGAAGAUGAAACGCCAUUGCAGAGGAAGAGGGUGCAGUACAGUGGUAGUAGGGAUGAAGAGAUGGAGAAGCGAAUCUCCGAGUGGGUUGCCAACUUAUCCCUGGGCGAAGAAGAAGAGGUGGCGAUGUAUAUCUCUAAAGAUGAUCAGGAAGCCGCUAUGAGAGUUUGGGAAGCAGAAAAGGAUGUUGUGAAGCGGCAGGCAUUGGAAGACGAAAAGAGGAUGGAGUGGAAGUUGGCAGUGAUGAGGGAGAAGAAGAGGAGAGUGGACGCGGCAGCGGAGGUGGCAGAAGAAUUAGAGGAAGUAAAGAAUAUAGAAGAGCAACUGGCCGCCCAGACCGAACUCCCAGCGCAAAUGCGAGUCAUAGACCGAAACGUUGCACGCCUGGCAUGAAUUCAGGCGGAGCAAUAUGAUUUUAGUGGGAGUCAACACAUAGC